AUGGCGACCAACACGUAUGCCACGACAUCCAUGCAUAUUUGCGUCAACGCGGCCCCUGAGACCAGCAGCGUGACCACACAGCUAAGCGUCUUCGACCUGAUUCCGCCGCGAGUUUACAUCAAAUUCAUCGUCUACCUCCCACUGCAACCCAAAGUCACCUUCCAGCAGGCCUUUGCGCAUCUGCAAGCCGGGCUCCAAGGCACGCUUCGCCAGUUUCCGUUCCUGGACGGUCGCAUUUUCCCGAGAGAUGAACGCGAGCCUGGCUGGAGGCCGGGACACAUCGUAGUGUCGUACGACCCCUCGGGGUCCAGCGACAGGACUAACCCCCCGAGACAACUGGUCUUCAAGGACCUCUCGGAAGUCCUGCCCGACUUCGAAGACCUCCGCGACGCAGGCUUCGAGUUCUCGGCCUUUGACGACGAGCUCGUCCUCUCCGCACCUUUCGUGCCGGAUCUUUCUGGCGGUGCAGAUGUUUUUCUAGCCCAGGCCAAUUUUGUGAAUGGUGGAUGCAUCCUCGCGACGGGAUUCCAUCACUCUGCCAGCGAUGCGACCGGCAUGGUCACCGCGAUGAGGGCCUGGGCAGAGCACUGUCGAAACUUGGGAAAUCCUGACAGCAACGUCUGCGACUGGCUUGCACCGGAAAGUUUUGACCGGACCCUGCUGGAAAGAUUGUGGAGCAAGUCCCCCGCGAAGCCAGUCGCGGAGAUCCCGCGCGACACGUGGGGCUUCCUCGGAUUCCAGCCCCCGGAUGCGGAGGAUGAUCAGGCGGAGCAUCCGGCCCCACCUCCGGCGCCGACUCGGACGAUGGAGUCAAGCAUCUUCUACAUCUCGCCCGAGAAUUUUAGUGCACUGAAACGAGAGGUGCUUUCGGAUGGUAACGACGGCUCGGGCUUGUCGGCGAACGAUGCACUCCUGGCGCUUUUCUGGCGGGCCCUGAUGAAGGCGAGAUACCGUGCAGCUGUUGCCGCCGGCCAGUCCACCCCACCAGGCGAGGUGUCUUACCUCGAGUCACCGGUAGACGGCCGCAGAGAUUUCGAUCCCGCUUUGCCAUCAUCUUACGCCGGAAAUCUCGUUAUUGUCAAUAAGGUGCCCAUGCCGGUGCUCGACCUCGCGGCACCCACGACAAGCCUUCGCGACGUGGCUUUGAAGGUGCGCGCCCAGGCCGCCAAGGUGAACCCAGGGCUUGUGAAAGAUGCAUUCACUCUUAUGAGGGAAGUUCCGGACUACACCAAGCUGAAGCACGCAUUCACGCGGCUGGAUGGCUUCGAUGUCAUGAUUACGUCGGUGCUGCUUCUGCCACUGGACAAGAUCAAUUUCGGGGCUGACAUAUUCGACAACGACGGCAAGCCUGAGUCGCUGCGGCCGCUGAUGGAUGCGUUCAACGCCAACUUCAGACUUUGCAUGGUCCUGCCAAUGAAGAGUUACGGUGGCAUCGAGCUGCUCGUCAGCCUGUUUGCUGAUGAGAUGGACCAGCUUCUGGAAGACGACGAGUUUGCGAAGUUUGCGGCGUUUUGCUGCCAUUAA